AUGUCCGCCUCAUUGUCGUACCUCGAGCGUUCCAAGCUCCACUCGAACCCCACAGCCAAGGCCUUCCUCGAGCUGAUGGAGCGCAAAAAGUCGAACCUCUCUGUCGCUGCUGAUCUCAACAAGAAGGCUGCCUUGAUUGAGUUGGCCGACAAGGUCGGACCCUACAUCUGCUUGCUCAAGACCCACAUUGAUGUUGUUGAGGAUUUCGAUCAGGAUUUGGUUGACCAGCUUACUGCCUUGGCUAAGAAGCACGACUUUAUGAUCUUUGAGGACCGCAAGUUUGCCGACAUUGGAAACACGGUCAAGCUUCAGUACGGUUCAGGAAUCUACAAGAUCGCUUCUUGGUCCGACAUCACCAACGCCCACAUGGUCCCCGGUGAGGGCAUCGUUCAGGGACUUCGCGAGGUCGGUCUCCCCCUGAACCGCGCUAUGCUCCUCCUCGCCGAGAUGUCGUCCGCUGGCACGCUCGCCAAGGGCGACUACACUGUCAAGACGGUCGAGGUUGCUCGCAAGUACAAGGAUUUCGUUGUUGGUUUCAUUGCGAUGGAGAGAUAUGCUGAUAAGGAGGGCGAUGAUUUUAUCUAUAUGACUCCUGGAGUUGGAAUGGACCAGACUUCGGAUGGGAUGGGCCAGCAGUGGAAGCAUCCUCGGGAGGUUGUGUUUGAUCGUGGGUGUGAUGUUAUUAUUGUUGGUAGGGGAAUUUAUGGAGGUGGACGGGAUGCUGCCAAGGAGGCCAAGCGGUACCAGGAGGCUGGAUGGAAUGCUUAUGUCGAGAGAAUCUCCAAGUAA